AUGGCCUCCGGAAUAAACAGGGGGACAAGUCGUUUUGCGUCCCUAAAUCCAGCAGACCAGCCAGAUAUCUUAGAUGCCCUGUCGGACAAGGAGGUUCUGAAGCUCGAUCCUUCAUGUAUCACUAAAGUUUUAUCUGUUGCCAAUGUCAACCGAGAAGUGGUUUUGCCGACCUUUUGUCGGAAUCCAUCUAAUGCCUUGACUCACACUGUGCCAGUAACUUUACCCCAGACUCACACUGUGCCAGUGACUUUAUCCCAGACUCACACUGUGCCAGUAACUUUAUCCCAGACUCACACUGUGCCAGUAACUUUAUCCCAGACUCACACUGUGCCAGUGACUUUAUCCCAGACUCACACUGUGCCAGUAACUUUAUCCCAGACUCACACUGUGCCAGUAACUUUAUCCCAGACUCAAACAGCGCCAGUAAAUUUGUUUCAGACUUACAUUGUGCCAGUAACUUUAUCCCAGAUUCACACUGUGCCAGUAACAUUAUCCCAGACUCACACUGUGCCAGUAACAUUAUCCCAGACUCACACUGUGCCAGUAACUUUAUCCCAGACUCACACUGUGCCAUUAACUUUAUCCCAGACUCACACUGUGCCAAUAACUUUAUCCCAGACUCACACUGUGCCAUUAACUUUGUCCCAGACUCACACUGUGCCAGUAACUUUAUCCCAGACUCACACUGUGCCAGUAACAUUAUCCCAGACUCACACUGUGCCAGUAACUUUAUCCCAGACUCACACUGUGCCAGUAACUUUAUCCCAGACUCACACUGUGCCAGUAACAUUAUCCCAGACUCACACUGUGCCAGUAACUUUAUCCCAGACUCACAUUGUGCCAGUAACUUUAUCCCAGACUCACACUGUGCCAGUAACUUUAUCCCAGACUCACACUGUGCCAAUAACUUUAUCCCAGACUCACACUGUGCCAGUAACUUUAUCCCAGACUCACACUGUGCCAGUAACUUUAUCCCAGACUCACACAGCGCCAGUAACUUUAUCCCAGACUCACACAGCGCCAGUAAAUUUGUUUCAGACUUACAUUGUGCCAGUAACUUUGUUCUAG